ACUUCUCCCCAGUCCUGCUGCUCUCCAGAGCCCACAUCACCUCAGCAGCUCCGUGGUCUGCUCUGCACACCCAGCGCCCCACAAACAGGCACAAAUCCACUUGGCGUUGCUUUGAAACCUCAGCCACAGAAGAAUGUUUAAAAAACUCACCAAAGACAUCGUAAAUCAAAUGUAUCCAUGCGAUGAAUUCGUCCCUGUCGAGAGCAUUGCAGACAAUGAGCAGUUCAGGCCUCUCUGUCUACUGAAAAAAAAGAGAAAACCAAAAACCAUAUUCCACCGAGCUCCCUGUUACAAGUCAACAGGGUUCACAUUGCAUGAUGUGCUGCUGCCUGGAGAAGAUGGUGAAAGCACAGAGUGCCUCCAUCAGAGUCCCUCCGUCUGCCAAUUCAUUCUCAAAAAAUCCAGCACAGACGAAGCUGAUGGAGGUCUGGACAUUUCACAUGACCCUGCAAGUGCAGAUCUGCAUGGAGGUGCCUCCUUGUCCAACACAUUUUCUGUCAAGCCACAGAAGAGGAGAAUAUCACUGGAAUCACUGGAGGCACUGAGAAGAGAAAGAAAAGUCAACAUGGAACAUUCCUUCAUCCAACAGCUACAGAGAAGAGACAUCAAUCUGUACGUGGUCACUGAAACCCUCGAAGCCUCAGAGGAGACUGUCUACAAGAAAGCCACCAAGGCAGAUGGGGGCUUCAAGGCCAAAUUUUAUGCCACAUUCCGUGGAAAGGGCACCAGGGAGGACAAACAAACCAUAGUCAUACCCAAGGGCUGCACCCUGACUUUCAGGGCCAUCCCACUACACAUUAGAGAUGGUGCAUGGCAUCUGGACUAUUUCCCAGAAGAAGCUGAGAAAAGUGCAGCGGAUGUAACUAAUGGUCCCUCACAAGGAAAAUUAGUAAGGCUGAGGGAAGUUGAAUUGUCCUUGAGAAAUUUCACUGAACUGUCUCCUGACAUGAUGCUCUUCAUCUUAAACACCAUCAGAGCUGUCAUGAGAGAAAACAACCACCAUCAGGAGCCCAGCCAGAAAAUAGAAGAAAUUAUUGAGCAAAAUUAUGGUCAUGAGCUGAAAACUGAGAGCCCAGAUUUAAAAGAUCUGUUCAGCACCUUACAGUAUUCUCCAACAGACUGUCUCCUUCUGAUUGCAGAAGGAAUCACCUACAUCCUUGAUGCUCUGCAUGGUUACAAUGUGAAGAUGUGCCCAAAAGUACAUAUUCUAUCUAUCACCAUCUUCAUGAACUGUUGA